AUGGCUGCACCAGGCGGAGGCGGAGCCUACUCCUUCUCCCUCACCACCUUCUCUCCAUCAGGAAAGCUUGUUCAGAUCGAACAUGCCUUGGCGGCAGUAGCAGGCGGUACCACAUCGCUGGGUAUCAAGGCCACCAACGGUAUCGUCCUGGCUACCGAAAAGAAAGCCUCCUCCCUCCUUCUCGACACCUCGGUCCUCGAGAAGGUCGCUCCCAUAUGCCCUAACAUAGGCUUCGUCUACUCUGGUAUGGGACCCGACUUCCGGAUCCUCGUUGCCAAAGCGCGGAAGAUCGCACAGGCGUACUGGAAGGUGUAUGGGGAGUACCCGCCAACCAAGGUGCUGGUGCAAGAAGUUGCCGGGGUCAUGCAGAAGGCGACUCAGUCUGGAGGAGUGCGACCAUAUGGUAUUUCCCUCUUGAUCGCGGGAUGGGACUCGCAUCGCGGCCAGAGUCUGUACCAGGUUGACCCGAGUGGGAGUUACUGGGCGUGGAAGGCGAGCGCAAUAGGCAAGAAUAUGGUGAACGGGAAGACCUUCCUUGAGAAGCGAUAUAACGACGACCUGUCCCUGGAAGAUGCCAUUCACACCGCCCUCCUCACGCUCAAAGAAGGCUUCGAGGGCGAGAUGACGGAGAACACUAUCGAGAUUGGGAUCGUCACCGUACCCACCGCGGAGCAGCUGCAAGAGAAGCCAGGAGAGAGGCUCCCGCCGACGUUCCGGAAGUUGACAGAGUCGGAGGUGAAGGACUACUUGUCACUGUAG